AGUCAGUAGUAGACAGUCAGUAGUAGACAGUCAGUAGUAGACAGAGUAUCAGACACAGUCAGUAAUAUCAGACACAGACAACAACAGCAGCUCUUCUCCGUGCUCUCCACCCCGGUUCUCGCCUGAGUCAGUCCAUUGGGUUAGGUCUCUGCUACAACACCCGCACGCUGACUUUGGCUCUGCCUCUGCCUCUGCCUCUGCCUUCACUCUCCUCGGCCUAUUCUUGAUUCACUUCACAAAAAUUAACUGAACCGGAAAUUCGCUGCUGCGACUGUUUUGCUCUGAAAGAAGCCCCGCUUUGGUGUUUAGUUGCCGAGAGGACUUCAAUUGCAUUACGAUCAUAGGAAUAGUCAACUGCAUUCAGAAGUAAUAGUUGCAAUGUCGCAAUCCCAAUUCGCUCCUCUGCAGAACGAUCUCAUCCUCAGAGCUGCCAGAGGCCAACCCGUCGAACGCCCUCCUGUCUGGGUCAUGCGACAAGCUGGCCGCUAUCUCCCUGAAUACCACGUCGUCAAAGGCUCAAACAACUUCUUCGUCUGCUGCCGCGAUGAAAAUCUCGCCUCCGCCAUCACCAUCCAGCCCGUAGACCACUACGACGGCAUCCUCGAUGCCGCAAUCAUCUUCUCCGACAUCCUCGUCAUCCCCCAAGCAAUGGGCAUGGCCGUCGACAUCCUCGACAAAAUCGGGCCCCAUUUCCCCGACCCCCUCCGCGUGCCCGACGACCUCAAAAAACUGACCGUCGACGUCGACGUCAAGAAGGAGCUCGACUGGGCGUUCAAGUCAAUCACCGCGACCAGACUCAAACUCAACGGCAGAGUCCCUCUUCUUGGUUUCUGCGGCGGGCCUUGGACUUUGAUGGUCUACAUGAUCGAGGGCGGUGGCACUAAAUUGUUCAGAUACGCCAAAACCUGGCUUUAUCUCUAUCCUGAAGCAACCCACCAGCUCCUACAGCGCAUCACCGACGUCGCUAUCGAGUUUCUCGCCCAGCAGGUCGUCGCCGGUGCUCAGAUGCUGCAAGUCUUCGAGUCCUGGGCUGGCGAGCUCGGCCCUAACGAAUUCAAAGAAUUCUCCCUCCCCUACCUCAUCCAGAUCAUCACCGGUCUGCGAAAACGACUGCUCGAGCUCGGCAUCACCGACCAUAUCCCCGUCACCUGCUUCCCCAAAGGCGCCAUGUACGCCCUCGACUGGCUCGCCGACACUGACUACGACGUCGUCUCCCUCGACUGGACCAUCGACCCCAAAGAAGCCGUCAAGAUCGCAAACGGCAGAGUCGUUCUGCAGGGAAACCUCGACCCGGGCAUCAUCUACGGCUCGGACGAGGUUAUCUCGAAAAAGGUCGAGCAGAUGAUUGCUGGUUUUGGCGGCGGCAAGCAGGGAUAUAUCGUCAAUCUCGGACAUGGUACGCAGCCGUUUAUGGAUCCUGCGAAGCUUGGUCAUUUUAUGAAAGAGUGUCAUCGAUUUGGCAGUGCAUAGACCCUACUCCUCAUACAUCUGUAUAUUACUCUAUGACCAUUUACCUUAAUAUCACUAAUAUACAUUAAUGCUCCG